AACUUAUAUAAAUGCAUAAACACUCACAUGAAUGGCAAGGAAACUGAAAGUUUAAUAGUAAGAGAUAAAGUUGUAUCAAAAGUAAUGCAUAUCUAAUACAGGGAUAUUUAAUGUCAAAUAAUUUAAUUCGUGAUACAGAUUUAAGGCUUGGUCAGCAUCAAGGUAGGAAAUUCAGAAAAAUAUGACAAAUGCCACUGGAGCGUUUGAGCAAAGAAGUGGUAUUGGGACAGUAGACCUUGUGAUCAUUAUCAUUUAUUUCCUAUUAUGUCUUGGAGUCGGCAUAUGGGCGACAAUACGGACACAGAGAUCUAGCAUCAGUGGGUAUUUCCUGGCUGGCAGAGAUAUGCUAUGGUUUGGAAUUGGAGCAUCUCUGUUUGCAAGUGACAUUGGAAGCGGCGCUAUCGUUGGCUUCGCUGGAACUGGAGCAUAUUCUGGUAUCGCUGUAGCCAGCUACGAGCUAAAUGGUCUGUAUUGUGUGCUGGCAUUAGGCUGGUUUUUUGUUCCUGUCUACAUAGCAAGCGGGGUAUUCACAAUGCCGGAGUAUCUUAAGAAACGAUUCGGGGGACAACGUUUGCAAGUGUACAUGGCACUAUUGUCCUUACUGUUGUAUGUCUUUACAAAAAUAUCGGUGGACAUUUAUGCUGGAGCAAUCUUUAUUCAACAAACAGUCGGCUGGAACAUGUACCUAGGUAUUACCGGUAUUCUAUGCUUGACGGCUCUCUUCACAAUAUCCGGUGGUCUUCGAGCAGUGAUCUACACAGACACUUUACAGACUGUGAUUAUGGUCGGUGGAGCCAUCGUCCUGAUGAUAAUAAGUUUUGUUAAAAUCGGGGGACUGAAAAAUUUGUACAGGGAUUUUCCAAAAGCCAUUCCACAGCCUUUGGUGAAUCAUUCUGAUUGCGGGAAACCUACUGCUGAAGCGUUCCAUCUUCUUCGAGACCCUGUCACUGGCGAUCUCCCCUGGCCAGGAAAUGUUUUUGGUAUUACAAUUUUAGGAAUGUGGUAUUUUUGUUCAGAUCAGGUUUUAGUUCAAAGGUCACUGGCGGCCAAGAAUAUGUUGCAUGUAAAAGGGGGUUCAAUCUUGGCUGGCUAUAUCAAACUUACUCCUUUGUUUACCAUUGUGUUUCCAGGAAUGAUCAGUAGAGUUCUGUUUCCAGAUGAGAUAGCGUGUGUAGAUGCUGAUGUGUGUAAUGUUGUUUGUGGGAAUCCAGCUGGCUGUACAAACAUCGCAUACCCGAAACUUGUUGUCGAACUCAUGCCAACAGGAUUGAAGGGCUUGAUGUUAGCGGCAAUGAUAGCAGCUCUAAUGAGUUCUCUAACUUCGGUAUUUAACAGUUCCAGUACAAUAUUCACACUGGAUAUUUGGCACAGAAUACGGAAACAAGCGUCUGACAGAGAACUUCUUAUUGUUGGAAGGUUGUUUGUGUUGCUUCUUGCAAUUAUAAGCGUAGUCUGGAUUCCUGUAUUACAACUGUCUCAAGGUGGAUUGCUCUUUAACUACAUACAGUCUGUCACUGGAUAUCUUGCACCGCCUGUUUUGUCCAUAUACGUUCUGGCAAUAGUAUGGACAAGAACAAAUGAACAAGGUGCUUUCUGGGGUCUUGUUGUUGGAUUUGCAGUCGGAUUAAUUCGGAUGGGAUUAGAUUUCGGAUACGGGAGUCUCGGAUGCGGAGAGGAGGAUUCAAGGCCGCUUGUUAUUUCAAAAAUACACUUUCUGCAUUUCACCAUCAUUUUGUUUCUUAUAAGUCUUAUAGUCACUAUUCUGAUCUCACUCUGUACCUCUCCAAUAGAAGACAAACAUUUGAUACGAUUGACAUGGUGGACACGUCAUAGUUCUGAAAACCGGGAACCAUUCGAAGAAGAACUCACAGAAAUAACAAAUAGAACGGUAGCAAAAGCUGAAUCAACAACGGAACCGGAACAAGUAUCUAAUCCUUCUCUGACAACAUGGACAACGCUGCAUUUACGUCAUUUCGGUUUUGAGUCUAGAGAAUUCAAGAUAUUUCAACAGACGGACAUUUAUCAUUUGAUGUCCAUAGAAGAGGAUCAAAAAUGGAGUAAAUUCGUGAACUUCAAUGCAGUACUUCUAAUGCUAAUUGCAAUGUUUCUAUGGGGGUAUUAUCAUUGA